AAAUCUUGUAUUGCGAUAUUGAAUUGGUGGCAUGUUGGGUUAAAGGGCGUCGCUGUGCCUUUAAAAGCACGCUGAGCCGCAUCAGUCAUGCUGGAGCAUCUAAUGAUGCUUUAAGAACAAGGUCUAAUUGAGUUGACACACAGAAAGCGCCAGCCCACCUCUGCGCUCUCAUCUCGAGGCAGAACAGCCUGCUGGGAACGCCAGCCGUCACAUUUCAGAGGGAGCGUUCACAGACCUGACAUGCAGGAGCAAGAAUCAAGAGAGAGCAUCACCAGCUGAGACUAACAAGUGGUUGCUGAUCUGAGGGAGGAGAGAGAGAGAGAGUGUUUGCAGGUACACACAGAGCGCAGGAAGCGCAGGCGGCUGCAGGCAGGAGGACUGCCAGAGCGUUGUCUGCGCGCCGCUGCCUCUCACUCCCUCCGAGCCAGCGGAACUCCCGCUUCUGCAGUGAUGAGGGGAGCGACAGCAACCGCAGGAAUAACAGACUGACCAGGUCUGACAGAAUGAAGCCGAAAUGAAGGCGUCCAUCCAUCCGUGUUGAUCCCCAACCUAUCGACGCUUGCAGGAUGAUGGGGCUCGUCUGGGAACAUGUGUAGCAUUCAUUACAACCACAGCCUAACGGCCAUGAGCAGCAGUGACAUCAUGGCCUAUUCUCUGAGCCUGGAGCAGAAGACGGCAUUUGCGUUUGUGGGGAUGUUGCUGGUGUUUCUCGGCUUGUUGAUCGUCAGGUGUUUCAGGAUCCUGCUGGACCCCUACAGUAGCAUGCCGUCAUCCAGCUGGGGUGACGGGCUAGAGGGGCUGGAGAAAGGGACGUUUGAAUACGCUCUUACUUGAGACCACGUUCCCAAAGUAGUUGCAAUCCAUUCUAGAGCCCUCUAAAUCAUACAAAGCCUUCGCACCAUACGGGGGCGUAAACACAGGACGUGCUCUAGAUGUUUUGAGAUGUAAAAUGUUGAGACUAUUUUUAACACACCGCCCUAAAAGAAAGCAUAAUGUUCAGUGAUGCAAUGGGCAAAGAUGUCUGCUUGAUGCAUGCGCACACAACUGCAAAAUAGCGGUGAUGGAUCACAAGAAAGCGUCCUGCGUGAACGUCCCCAAAGGGUGUGAGAAAUCAUCAAAACCUGCUACAUCAUAUGCAGACAGUAUUUUUGUCCUGUUUGCCAGUACAAAUAUCUAAAAAUUCUUAAAUCAAAAUGCAUUUACUUGAGACUUAAGAUGACUUAAGUCUUGUUUUCUGAAAAAUUGCUCAAAAUUUAAUGUGCAGUAAGUGAUUUCUGAGAAAUGCUGUUGAAAGUUUAUUGGCCAGCAGCCAAUCAGCAGUGAGGAGGGAGGAGAGUGAAUCAAUCAGCAAUAGGGGGCGUGUCCACUCAUGAUGGGGAGAGAGUGAGCCAAUCAGCAGUAGGGGGCGUGUCCACUCAUGAUGGUGGAGGAGUGUGAACCAAUCAGCAAUAGGGGGCGUGUCCACUCAUGAUGGGGGAGGAGAGUGAGCCAAUCAGCAGUAGGGGGCGUGUCCACUCAUGAUGUGGGAGGAGAGUGAACCAAUCAGCAAUAGGGGGUGUGUCCACUCAUGAUGGGGAGAGAGUGAGCCAAUCAGCAGUAGGGGGCGUGUUCACUCAUGAUGGGGGAGGAGAGUGAGCCAAUCAGCAGUAGGGGUGUGGCCACACAUGAUGGGUGAGGAGAGAGAGUGAUCGAGUGGGAGAUUUGAAGAAACACUGUAGAAAGAGAGAUGCCUGAGAGACAUUACAAAAAAAGAGAGUUCUUCAUGGAACCAUCGAUGCCAAAAAAGAACCCUUUAGAGUGUAAGAAAAAUAAUCUUGUUUUCCUUAUGAAUUAAGUUUAUUUUUCUGAAUCCAUUGGCAUAUAUUUGUUCUUUUUUAAGCAUAAAAUUUUGAUGCAUUUUUCAGAAAAUAAGACUUAAUAUCUUCAGUCAUUCUGCUUCUCCAGUAAAUGUAUCUUGAUUUAAGAAUGUUUAGAUGUUUGUGCUGGAAAACAAGACAAAAAUACUGAGGAAGAACAUCAUUUUUUACAGUGAAUUUUGAGUACGAUGUCACUCCAUUUAGCCACUGGGCAUCUCAGGGAAGAGGAGAAAAGACUUGAACUAAAAGAAAACAAGAUGGCACAUGUGUGAGGAUGUGAACAGGGUAAUUUCACCCUUUCAUUCAUGCCAUCCGUCUAUUGUUCACCCCGUUUAGUAAAGUAUGUUCCCGCUGCAGUUUGCAUACUUGCGUAGAGAACAUUUCUGGCCUAACUCUCCUGUUUACUGUGAUCUGUGUCUCUGAGGACAAUCGAACUAAAAUAACCUGCUGUGUCUGAGAAGCUGUGAAGUCUUAAAGCAGUGCAAACAUCGUCUGUUUUUCUCCACAUCUGCUGGAUUGUGUUUCUAGCACAUAUUUGCAAUCAAUCUCUCUUCACUUACUGCCUAUGAAAACAUCUGCACACAGAUAUAAAGCCGCAGAGACUUUGAGAGUGAAGAUUCUUGAAUGUCACGUCUGAAAUUGACACAUCCUGCCACCUCCAUGUUUGUUUGUUUGUUUGUUUGCGUGACAGAGGAAGGGUGUGUCACCAUGACAACUGCAGAAAAACGCGAGCCGGAUCCGAGUGAUGCACCAAUGAAAGCGUAGCUCAUCUCCAGUGUUCUAGUGCUGUGAAUCUGCCUUACUGUUACUCGGACUGGAUUUCUGUGCCUUCAUUUAGUGACGGUAGCAUAUCUCUCAUGGAACGAUCUGUGUCUGUGUGUGUGUGUGUGUGUGUGAGUGUGUGAGAGAGUGUGUGUGUGAAAGUGAGUGUGUGUGUGUGUGUGUGUGUGCGUGUGUGCGUGUGUGCGGUGGGUUCAUGUGAUGAGGAUGAUGAAGAUCACUGUGUUUCUCUGAUGCUGAAGAUGGUCUGUGUUUGUUCGUCUGCUGGAAUAAAACAAUUAUGGACCUUUUCCUUUUGCUGUCAGUUUAUUUCUUAAAACAUAAAAAUCAAAAUUCACUUUAUUUUGUAAUUGGGUCAUUGACGAAUAAGGUUUUUAAAAGUAAAAAAAACAUAAUGGAGAUAUAAUUAAUUUUGAAGUUUUAUUAAGUGUUAACAAUUAAAUUAUGUAGUUUUUAUAAUCAAUUAACACUGCUUUUGUCAUUUUUUACAAGAUGGACAAAAUGUGUCACCAAAAAAGUCAUUCGGUUUAACCAAAAUUUCGGUUUUACCGAAUGACACUUUUGGUUUUACCAAAUGACGAUAUUUUCAAACAGUGCUAACAGGCUGAUAUCUAGCUAGCUAGCAAAUGGACAAUCAAACAUUUUAUAUUUAGUACAAGUUUUUAAAAUAUUACAACAUUUUCCAUGUUUUAUAGCGGUUGUACCAAAUGACCUGAUGUUUCGGGACAUGCGUAUGAUCAAGUGAAAACAUGAAUUUUUAAAAUAGUUAAGAGAGAGUUCGUUACUUGGCUUCACGACCAUGUGGUCCUUUGCAGGUGUCUGAAUGAUGUCACAUCCUGUCACAUGAUACUGACCGCAUGACUUGAUCUAAAAUGGUCCCUUUAUAUUGGUUACUCCGAAUGACAUCAAUGAAAUUCAUUUUUCCGGACGUUCUUUCUCAUUACAAAGCGACGACUUCUACACAUAAUUUUAAUACCAUUUUGCACUAUGUUGAUAUAUGAUGAUAUAAAAUCAUGCCAGAAUAAAAAAUAUAUACAUUUAUUACAUUUUAAGAUAUUUUAAUCACAAAUGAAAUGGCUGUAUUGGCCUUUGGACGGUUAAACCGAAUGACCUUUUGACACUUCAAAAUCUUUAAAAUACCUUUAUAUGUAGAAAAAUAUAAUUAAAACCUUUUGGAUUCAAUAAAAGAGAUCUAGUUGUACUACCUGACAUACUUUGUCAUGUCAUAUCUUUGUUUUUUAUUAUUAUUAAGGUUUUGGACAAAAAAAUGACCCGUCACGUCACUGACCCAAAUUCAUGUUAAACAUCUUAUUUUGAAUGAUUCAUCGGUGCACAUUAUACCCUGCAAACAAUGACUUUCUUACUCGGUAUGUUUGUCACGUUUUCCAGAACAAAAAAAUAUUAAAUUAUGAUACAUUUACUUGGGAAGCAAAAUAACUUAAGAUAUUAAGUCUUAUUUUCUGA